AUGCAGAUAUGGCGGCGAACCUUUGCCACAUCUGUGGGCAGACUUACCCACAGCUCAAUUAAUUCCCGUUCUGUCGUGCGAUGCGCACAAAUCCUCCAAGCCAGCAAGAACGGUGGAGUCAGCAGUUUCGAGGACCAAGAAAUCAAAGUGAACGGGUUCAUUCGGUCUGUACGGAAACAGAAACGUUUUGCGUUCGCAGAAAUAUCUGAUGGCUCGACUGUAGAGCCACUGCAGGCAAUUCUGAAACCCGCGCAAGCAGCAGAUCUGUCAACCGGAACUGCGAUCGAAAUAUCGGGCAUAUGGAAAGCUUGCCCACCGGGCAAAGAGCAAACUCAUGAGCUCCAAACAACCGAAGUCAAGGUUGUGGGCGCAUCGGACCCAGAGACAUUUCCGAUCCAGAAGAAGUACCACAGCCCCGACUUCCUGCGCCAGAUUCCACACCUUCGCAUUCGGACACCCUUCAAUUCUCUCCUUUCGCGCUUCCGAUCCGAGUGCAUGUUCCAACUGAGCAAUGUCUUCCACUCUCAUCCCGACGGAGCUUUCACCCAAGUUCAGCCUCCCCUUAUAACCUCCUCGGAUUGCGAAGGUGCAGGCGAGACGUUCACGUUGGCACCACGCGGUGCUGCUACACCCAGCACCGAGAACGAUCAUUUCUUCCGAGCGCCAAAAUACCUCACGGUAUCGUCGCAACUUCACCUUGAAGCUUACGCGGCAGAGCUGGGCAACGUCUGGACAUUGACACCCGUGUUCCGGGCGGAGAAGAGCGAUACACCGCGCCACCUCAGCGAGUUCUACAUGCUCGAAGCCGAGGUCAAUUUCAUGUCCGACCUUGACUCGCUUACUGGCCUAGUGGAACAUUUACUACGCGAUCUGACGCGUCGUCUAUAUAAUACUCCUGUGGGCCAAGAGAUCUUGUCGGCAAAGAGGUCUGGGGAACCGGGCCAGGAUACUAGCGCCGAGGAGACGGGUUCUCUAAGGCAAAGAUGGACCGAUCUAAUGGAUGGGCCAAAAUGGCAUCGCAUUACAUACACCCAAGCCGUGGAGAUGCUCCAGCGUGCUGCCACUGAAGACGGAGCAUCAUUUGAGCACCCCCCAACAUGGAAUGGAGGUCUACAACUGGAGCAUGAAAAGUAUAUCGUCGAGGUGCUCCACCAAGGACGUCCUGUCUUUGUGACGGACUACCCGAAAUCCGUCAAGCCGUUCUACAUGGCCCCUUCGCAGGUCACCGACGACAGCAACACGCCCGGGGAGACAGUAGCAUGUUUCGACCUGCUCCUCCCCGAAGUCAGCGAAGUCGCCGGGGGUUCCCUGCGCGAGCAUCGUCUGCCCGACCUCAUCCAGAACAUGCGUGAGCACGGUUUAAUCAAGGCCCGGCAGAUUCCCGAGUCUGGUGAUCCAGCUUCAGGCGAGUCACUGUACCCUCAUCUCACCCCGGAUGAGGACCUGAGCCACCUCCAAUGGUAUGCUGACCUCAGACGCUGGGGCUCUGCUCCCCAUGGAGGCUUUGGGCUUGGAUUCGAUCGAUUCCUGGGAUAUUUGACUGGUGUCUCCAGCGUUCGGGAUAUCGUAUCCUUCCCGCGAUACUUCGGUCGAGCUGAUUGCUGA